AUGCUCGCAGACGAUCUCUACAUCAUGGAUCGAAUGUUCCAAGGUCAGGGUCCGUCGAACCAGCAUUAUAAUAACAACUCGAGGACUGCGACGCCUACCCGUGGAAGAGGUGGAAGAGGACGAGGUCAGCCGACGUACGAUUCGCCGUACAAUUCGAGUCCCCGCGGUCGCGGUAGGGGAAUGGGAAUCGGCUCGCCACUCUCGAAGGCUCCUGCACAACGCUCCAACGCACAACCAUCGUUGUCGAAUUUAUUGAACUCGACACGACCUCUCCUUCGACCUGUCAUUUUUGUGCGUUCAGAGCACACUCGUGUUUUGUUUGCGGAGGAAGACGAAGACGAGGACGGGGCUCUGAUCAUCGAACAAAAGGAAAAUAUCAUCGUUGUUGACCAAGAUGUCUCAGAAGACGUCAACGAGCAACAAUACAUGACCCACGCUCCCACAGCAGACAAGGUCUUCCAAGUAUUCAGUGGUGAAUUUGAUCAAGGGCUCCACUCUCACGAAGACGAUGACGGCGACAACGAAGAGCUAGAGGAAAUCGAUUUCUCUGAUCUCUCGCGUCUCAUGGACACCUCCAACACCGGCAAGAAGACGACCAAGGUGAAGGUCAAGGCUAUGCCUGAUUUCGAAGAGAGGCAGGAACAAUUCACUGGAGUAUACGUUCGUCCCGAGUCUCAGAUGGACGACCAGCCGUCUGCGGUGGCGGAAACCACUACUACUAUCACGACUACAGCAAACAUGCAACCAGAUACCCCGACCCGAGACGUCACCGUCGAGCUCGGUCAACCUCACGGAGCCACGGCAGCCAUGGAAGUUACUGAAUCCACUACUGUCUCUACGAACGUUGCUGGGGAUGUCACAGUCACCACCGAGUCUGUGAUAGUCAUCCAAGAAGCACCUCCCGCUGCCUUCCCGGAACGCGCAUCUACAAGCAACGACGACGUCCCCGCUGCUGCCAUGGCCGUGGACGACCCCGAACCCUCAGAAGUCAAAGAAGCCGAGCAAGAGGCAGCAGUCCCACUCGCUCCUCCCAGCCUCAUCUCUGUCACUCCCGGCGAACCUCUCGCUGCCCCUUCCGCAGCCGAUAAGGACGUGAAAGAAAUCGACAUGAACCCCGCCGCCGAGCUCGCGCCUCCCAGUUUCAUCGCUGAUACUGGUACCGAUCCGGCGCCCAGUUUCAUCAUCGAUACCGACCCCGCACCCAUCGACCACCUCGGCAUCGACGUCGAGAUUGAGAAGCCGAGGAUACGCACCCCGUCGCCUAUCGCCGUUGAUCGCGAAGACGAUGAUGAUGAUGAGGUGAUCGUGUAUGUUGCGCCUCAUCCUCGGAAGAGCGCUAUUGGGGUGGACGGAAAGGAGGUGAAAGAGGAGGGGGUGGAGGGGGUGAAGAAGCCGAGCGAGGUACCGGCGUUUACGCCGUACGAGGGUCUGGGAUUGGGGUCUAUUGCAGCGGCUGCGGGGUAUAUACCGCCGACGGUAGCGUCGCCACCACCGAAAGACAUAUCCAAUUUCACAUUCUCAUUCUCUACUCCCUCCAAAUCCACCCAACCCUCCUCCUCAUCCUCCACAGCGAGGAGACUGGCAGUCCCGCCCAUCGCCACACCGCGCAUGCAAAAAGCCUUUACGGCGAAAGAGAAGAAGCUGUUGAAACGUCUAAAGCAGAAGGAGAAGAGGAAAGGCAAGGGUGGUAAAGGGGGCAGAGUGAGUUUUGGUAUGUUGGGAGCGAUGAUGCAGGAGAGGGAGUUGCAUGAGGAGUACGAGUUUGAGGAUGGGUGCGAUAAGCGAUGGGCUGAACGGAGGAGGGGGGAUUCGGAUUUGGAUUGGGGCGAUGAGAAUUCCGAUGGAGAGCCAACAACAACUACAACAGCAGCAGUAGCAGCAGCAGGAACAUCGAAAGAUGGAAUUUUCGGACCCCCGGUUGACGCGAGCGAUAUGCAAGUCGAUGAAGACGUUGAUCUGGACGCUAUGAAGCAGUUUGUGAAUGGGAUGAUUGGCCGGAAUGCGGGUGUGUACACGACGUUUGGAGAUUUGGAGGAUGAGGAGAGGAUUAGAAGGGAGGAUGAGGAGGAGCGGGAGGGGGUGGAGAGGGGGAGUAGUGGGGAGAGUGGGAGUGAGGAUGGUGUUGGUGAGGGUGAUAGCGACGAGGAUGGAGAGAAGGAUGGUGUUAGGGGUGGGGAAGAGGACGAUGGAGAGGAUGAUAUCCUGACGAAGGAAGAGAAGAUGUUGAUUGAAGAGUUUGAUCGGGCUGCUAGUUUGGAUGAUCGGGACGACGAUGAAGACGACGACGACGACGAGGAUGAAGAGGAUGAAGAUGAGAUCGAGUUCAACGAUGCGCUGGAGAUGGCUUUGGAGGACGAUGACGACGACGACGACGAUGAUGAUGAUGACGAGGAUGAAGAAGCCACUCCGAACACCAAGUUUGCUCGUCGUCUGAAGAAACUGCGUGAACGCGCUAGGACGUAUGAAGGGAAGGGUAAAGCGCGGGCCUAUGACGACGACGACGAUGAGGAGGAUGACGAUGUCUUGCAUCGUAACUUGUCUUGGGCUAUGGAUGAGGACGAUUUGGAGGAAGAGAGCUACUUGAUUGCGAAGGUCCAGGAUAUGUUGGACGAAAACCAGGAUAUCCUGGAUUCGCGCAACAGGAAGGAAAGGAAGAAACUGUUCAAGGCUAUCACGAAUGGAGAGUUUGAUUACGAAGAUGAUUACUUCCCACAAGCUCGACGCGGAAAAGACAAGCGAAACGCCGUACCACCCGAGCUUCGCGCUCUAUGGGACAAAGACCGAGCCAAGAAAGUUGCCUAUAAAGCUCAACGCGAAGCUGAGAAGCUCGCCCGCGCCGCUGACCCCUUCAGCGUCAAGAAGGGCGGGAAGAAGGGGCGCAAAGCCAUGCUCGCCGCCGCUUCCCUCCCCGCCUACUCCAACCCCAACGACGAUGAGGUCAACGAAGAUGAUGGACCAAUCACAACCCUCCUACCCGCCUCGAACCGAAUAAUCGACAUCUCCUCUCUCAUCCAGAUGAUCCGGCGCUUCGUAGCCGACGUGGGCGGCAACACCACGAUGAGCCUCCCGCCGACGUCGAAGGAGACGCGGAAGAAUGUGCAUGAGCUGGCGAUUGCGUUUGGGUUGAAGAGUGUGAGUAAGGGUAAGGGUGAGGCGCGGUAUGUCACGUUGAGCAAGACGACGCGGACGGGUGUGGGGAGGGUGGAUGAGCGCAAGGUGGCGCGUGUUGUGAAAAGGGCUGGCGGAGCUGGUGCGAGGGGGAAUGAUUUUGGUGCCCGUGGGGACUACUAUGGGAAUGGGAAUGGAGGGAAGAAGGGAGGACCGAAGGGACAUGUACCGAAACAUAGGGAGGGCGAGGAGGUGGGGGGCAAAGCGCCCAAGAUUGAUGCGUCGAAUGUUGGGUUUAGGAUGUUGGCGAUGAUGGGGUGGGCGGAGGGGCAGAGGAUUGGCGGUGUGGGUGGGGGCGAUGGGUUGGCGGAUCCGUUGGUUGCCAUUGUGAAGCAUUCGAAACUUGGUUUGGGUGCUUCGAGGGUUUAG